UGUUUCUAUUGUCGUUUGAAGUACGAGUCUUUUGCUGAGUCGAACCCCACGAAUUCGAUUGUUUUGAGUCUCCCAAGUUUUAACAAAUAAAAAGGAAAAAAUGUUGUCACGUCUAGCUGUUGGAUUCGCACUGAUCUGUGCCAUUCAUGGAGCCCCUCAGCCGAAAGCAGAUGAAAGAAUGACAUUGGAUGUUUAUUACGAAUCGCUUUGCCCGGACAGCCGCAAUUUCCUUGUGACGCAGUUGAAUCCAAACUGGCCAACUCUUUCCACUUUCACCGAUUUAAGAUUGGUUCCAUUCGGAAAGGCUACGUUUGUUUCCAAUCCUGAAGGCGGAUGGGAUUUCGAAUGCCAACACGGGGCAGCGGAAUGUAGGGGCAAUAUUCUCCAUGCGUGCGGGAUCAAGUACAGCCCUUCAGUCACUCAGGCUUUGAAUUUCACUACGUGCCUUAUGGAUGCACCUAUUUCUGGCAAAUCGUGCGCUGAAUCGGCUGGCUUGGAUUACACGCCGAUCGAUGCUUGCCAAAAUGACGUUGAGGGACAAAAUUUAGUUCACGAUUACGGUGUAGAAACCUUGAACCUUGAUCCUACCCUGACUUUUGUUCCGUGGUUGAUCUACAACAAGGUGUGGAACGAGUCGAAUCAGUGGGAAAGCCUCACCAACGUGACGGGAGUUGCUUGCAAUAACGCUCCCGCCAAUACCCCGGCUUGUUUGGUUUAGCUACCCGCAUAUUCAUUACGUCAUUCCCUAUUAUGAGCCAAUUUGUUACUUAAGAUUUUAGAGAAAAUCCCCCCAUGCGUCAUCAGCGCGGAAUUUUGUUCUAUUGACUUCUUACAUUGAAAAGAUGCAAAUAAAAUUUCGAACAACUGAA